AUGAAAAGUGCCAGGAAAUAUUCAGGUAAAAAUGUACAAGAUGGGGUGAAGUGGAGUACGCCCGCACCAUUUUGUGUUCCUGUUUCUUGUUUUGUACUUUUACAUGUGGCAGCCACAUCAACACAGAUGGCGUUUUGUGUUACACCACACCCUAUAGCUGCCAUUUGUAGUACACCACAGCCGCCAUUCCGGGUUACACUCCCCACAUGCCGUUUUAUGUUGUGCCAUAUCCUCCAUGACAGGCUUUUUGAGUUACACCACAAUCUGGAGCAGCCAUCCCACAGCUGGCAUUUUGUUUUAGGUCACACAACCCACAGUGGUCAUUUUGUUACGGACACCAAAAUGUUGACUACCCUGUGUUAUAACAUGCAACUCUCCAACUAGUUUAUCUGUGAUGACAUUGCUCUUCUCUCUUUCACAAUCUCCCCUCCACAUCAACAAGCCGUUGAAGCGGAUCGCUGCCCCAGGGGAUGGCUGCAGUACCAGAGCAACUGUUAUGGGUUUUUCCACAACAAGUUGAGUUGGCAUGAAGCUGAGGUAAGACUCACCAUCCAUUAACAGGUUGCAGAGAAUGUCCAGUUGAAUGAUGAAGUUCUUGUGCAUUUGCCCCUUCUCCAGAUUGAGUGUCAGAGUUACGGUCGUGGGACCCACCUCACAUCCAUUCUUGCACGGGCAGAAACUCUGAUGGUAUCCAAACAUAUCUCCGUUGACAAGAAAGAAACAGGGGUUGACGUUUGGAUUGGACUCCAUGAUACUCACCAGGUAAGCAUUUAGCCUCCUGAGCUUAUUGAUCCCUCAAUCAUAGAACCAUAGAAUGAAAGAGUUGGAAGGGACCCUGAGGAUCAUCUAGUCCAUCUCCUUGCAAUGCAGGAAAUAAUGCAGCUGACCCAUACAGGGAUUGAACCUGCAACCUUGGCGUUAUCAGCACAACACUAACCAACUGAGCUACCCUGUUCCUUCCUGCUGAAGGAACACAACAUUUGCAAUUUCUCAGGAGAACUGGCCUGAUCCAUGGAUCAGAAGUUAGAUGAUGUUGAUGAUAAUUUAUUUAUUUGUACCCCGCCCAUCUGACUGGGUUUCCCCAGCCACUCUGGGCAGCUCCCAACCGAAUAUUAAAAACACAAUAAAGCAUUAGACUUAAAAAACUUCCCUAAACAGGGCUGCCUCUAGAUGUCUUCUAAAAGUCAGAUAGUUGCUUAUUGCCUUGACAUCUGAUGGGAGGGUGUUCCACAGGGCAGGCAUCACUACCGAGAAAGCCCUCUGCCUUGUUCCCUGUAACCUCACUUCUCGCAGUGAGGUUGCAGCAGAUAGUACUGAGCCAGACAGACUUAUGGUCUGACUCAGUGUAAGGCGGAUUCCUGUGUUUCCGCGUUUAAAGCUGUCCCCCAUCAGAAACAGAAUGCUGAGCGUGAUGUCACUUUUCUCCCGAUCAAUCAGGGCUCUUGUUAUCUCCCAUGUCAUUGCAGAAUGGGAACUGGAGGUGGUCCGAUGAGUCCUCCUACAACUACAAGAACUGGAUGAGAGGGGAGCCCAACAAUCUUUGGAAUUCUGAGUACUGUGUGGCUUUGAGGGCUUCCACAGGUGGGCAUGUUACAGUCCUCCCACUGAUGGGUAGUUGUGUAGCCUUGAGGUAUACGGCAACCGUGACGACUCUCUCAGCCUUGGGUGAGACGUAAAUAGAACAGAAAGGAUUGGGCUGAUUCAAAUACAGUGGUACCUCGGGUUAAGAACUUAAUUCGUUCUGGAGGUCUGUUCUUAACCUGAAAUUGUUCUUAACCUGAAGCACCACUUUAGCUAAUGGGGCCUUCUGCUGCUGCUGUGCCGCCACCAUACAAUUUCUGUUCUCAUCCUGAAGCAAAGUUCUUAACCCGAGGUAAUAUUUCUGGAUUAGCAGAGUCUGUAACCUGGAGCGUAUGUAACUUGAAGUGUAUGUAACCCGAGGUACCACUGUAAAGGAGGGGGGCAAACAGUGGGGCAAGAGCCUCCCUUGUGGGAAGGGUCACUUUGGUUGAUGGUAUUUAAGCAAAGGCUGGCUCGAGUUCUGUCAAGGAUGCUGCAGAUUUUUGCACCGAAGAGGAGAAUUGAAGUACAGUAGACGACACCUAAGUUCCAUUGAGUGCUAAAAUUCUAUGAUUUUAUGAAAUAUUCACCCUCCUUUAUCUUAUGAUGAUAUUUUAAGAUUUUUUUUGGGGGGUGUGCAUGAUUUUUCAGCUCUCUCUCACACACACAUAUUUGUAGAGGUCUCUUGCAAAGCAUGCACCUCAACCCCAAACACACAUUCAAGUCUCUGGUGUCCUCCCCAUAUAUGUGUGGUAUUCAGACAGGUAAAUGCACUUGGAUCCAUUAAGUUCUAAAGAUCUACGCCUAGUGGAACUUAAUUGGAUGCAACUCAGAAUGCUGGUUUGGAUCAGGUGUGGGGAACUUGCAACCUUCCUGAUCGUGUUGGACUACAACUCCCAUCAUCCCUGACCAUUGCCCAUUCUGAGGUUGAUGGGAUUUGGAGCAGAACAACAUCCUGAGGGCCACAGCUUUGGGUUAGACCGAUGGUUGGAUCCAGCACAAAGCAGUACAAAGUAAAUACAUAGCUCUUUACUCUGCCUUUUGAAACAUGAGAUGUAUAUUUUUAGGACCCAACUUGUUUCUGUGAUUGUGAGUUGUUUUAAACUGUUUCUAACAUUGUGCUUUAAUGGUUGAAACCCACCCUGGCGCUUUAGAGUAAAAGGCAGGCAAAUCCUCACCCUCAUUUGCUCAUGAGCUAAUCAGACUAUACCAUGUUGUUAUCUUCUAAAACAUGCCAGGGAACUUUCAAAAUGGGUUUGUUAGAGCAAAACUAAUAGACUCAUGGCAAGUUGUAAAUUUCAGAAAUUGCCCCCUGAAUUAGGCAGGAACCCCACAAAUAUCCAGGGACUAUAGCUGACAGAUUCCUGGCCCAUCCCUGGUGCCAUAACAAACACAGAUAUAUGCAAAUAAAAAGAACAACAACUGUACCUUGAGAUACUUUGAAAAUGCUUGAAAUGGAGAAUGGAUAAGAAUGGACCUUGGAUUCUCUUUUUCCAUUGCAGAGUACAAGAGAUGGAUUGAUGCUGUUUGCAAGAAACAUAAAGCCUACAUCUGCAAACAUGAGCUCUAG